GUGAAUAAAUUAACUAGAACCUGAUAAAUGCAAUUAUUUAAUUUAAAAAACUAUUUUAGUGUUAAUAUAAAAAUAUAAACUAUUUUUUUUACAGAAAACAAUUAAAGUAAAUUGUGUUAAAUUAAAAAAAAAUUUAAUUAAAUAUAAAUAAUAAAUUUUUCUCACACACAAAUUGAAAAACUUCUGUUUUACUUUUACAUGGUGUUUUCGAACAUGCAAAGAGAUUUCGAAAGAAGAAGAGUAUACUCAAUGUUCUUUAUCGAUAAAAAAUGACAAUUUCUCACCUAUAUUACAUGAAUGCUCUCAUCUUUUUGAAGUGGGUGAUAAUAAAAAUAUUAAAAACAUUACGAAAUCAAAAUUAAUAAAAUCUAAAGUGAUACAAAAAACCUCAGUUCCACGUAAAAAAACAAAAAAUAUUAGACGUAAAAAAGGCAUAAAAAAUUCCAAAAAACGAUUGACAUAUAAUAAAAAAACAAAAUCAAAAAUUUAUAAAACAGAUACGGCUCUAUUAAAAUCAUCGGAAGGCACGUUACGCGUGCACAAAGUUUAUGGCGAUGGCAACUGUAUGUUUAGGGCAAUGAGUUUCAUUUUAUGGGAUACUGAAAAUAAUCAUAAACAACUGCGUACAGUGGUGGUAGAACACAUUCAUCAAAAUUGGAAUGAAUAUGGACCAUUUGUCAUUGCGGAAUGGAAUAUUUCAAGUAGACAGGAUUAUUUCGAUUAUAUGAUUGCUGAUGGAACAUUUGCUUCUGAAUUGGAAUGUACAGUAUUGACAAAAUUAUAUCGAAUGAAUUUAUCAAUUUAUCGUGAAAUCGUUGGUGGGGGAAUUUUGAAAAUAAUUUUUCACAAUCGACUGAAUCGAAAUUAUUCAACAGCACGACUUCUUUUUAGUGGAGAGUCCGAUGUUGGUCAUUAUGAUGUUCUUAUUUUAUUAUCUGAUGAUUGAAUGCAUAUUUAUAUUUUAAUAAUUGAAAAUAAAUGUAGACUUCAUAUGUCUUUUUUACGUCUAA